AGGGUGCCUGUACUACACAUUACCGGACGCUUGCAUUUCGGGCGCAAAACACACGAAUGAGGUUAUGGGAUCUACCACCCCUCUGCCGUUGUCUACCUACGAAAAGACUCAUCAUGACCAUCAUUGUACUGAACCGCUUCAGCCGGGCAUGGAAAAUCCAUAAAAGUGAAUGUCAAAUCCAUGCCUCUUUCCUGCCUGCCUAACAUCAAUAUUCAAACUUCCUCCUCCGUCUAGUCCUUCGUCCCUAAUCCCCAAUCUUCCAAACAAAUGAGCUCGACUGGGGCCAGUAUAAUGGCAGCCCACACAGGAGAAGGGACUUCGGUUGUCUGCUCAAGGCAUGGAAUCUCCUACGUCGAGGAAAUCAUCAGUGCUGAAGUUGACGAAAAAUCAGCCAAAACAACAACACCUUCAUCGACGGCGCCCAACUCGCCCCCACCUCGCCCACCCAAAAUGCUUGCUGGGGAAUCUGAUGCAGGUUCACCAGAUCGGUCCGAUAUGCUAGUUGUCUCAGCAGAAAAACUAAGAGAGAUUAUGAGGCAGGAAAUCGCGAACGUGCUCAAACCUCCUCUACCGCAAACAGCGUAUGGAGUCAACGCAUUCACUGCAGUCUCUCCUCUAUUGCCUCUGGCCAGUAGACCUAGUGCGGCGGACACUCCCCUCAAAACAUAUGACAAGUUUGGCCGCUGGCCAUGGAGUGGCUUUAACAACGAGCAAGGGCCGGCUGAGACAGCUGCCUCUUUGGAACCAAGUUUGAGUGAUGAGAGGUGGGGUGUUCUCUUUGACGCGACAGGAAGCCCUACGAAACGGGCAGAUGAACUACUGAAAAGUAUUGCAGAUCAUAUUGUACUCGAAUAUGAACCACAGCAGAGUAUCGUCAUUACACCAGAAAAGCUAUGCCUCUUCUAUGGCCAGCACCGCCUUCCAGUAGAAAUCUUUCCCUUCACAAAAAUCUUCGACGCAAGUAUCACGACGAGCUUUGUCCAUGAUAGAAUUGCUGAUCUUUACGACGAUCUCGGUUGCCAGUAUCACCUCACUCAAAAGGACGCCAGGUCACGACCAUCUAUACCUGCACUUACACCAAGGGGGUUUUCUCGAUGGCUCCUCGUCAACCUACGAGCAUACCCUAACGAGGAAUUCCAGAGACUUUCUGAUGUGGUUGUGACCAUUCCAGUCAGCAUCACAAACACGCACGACGGAAAAUUGGAGCGGAUGCCACGUAAGAUAUCUAGGCAUAUUCUGCCGAGAAAUCCAGAUAUAAAUGCACGGAAGCUUCUUGACGAGGCUUUAGACGACUUUAUCGAAGAUACUGUGCCAGUUUCGCCAUCGACACCAGCACACUUAGGACUGUCACCCAUCGCACCAUCGUUCACUGGGAGAAGUCUCCUUAAACCUCAAGUUUCGCCAAACAGUAGCGUACUGAGAUACACGCCCACGUAUAUGCACCCAGGCCAGGAAACAGUAGGAUCGACAGCUUCCAGCCCAACAGACUGUGGUGAAUCUUCAUACUGGCCACGGCAGGCUCAAGCAGACGAGCAAAGGGUUGCCCGUCAUCACUCAUUGCCUGUAGGGAUUGCAUUCCAAGCCCAACUUCCUCCACCGCCAGUGGGAAACACGAUACAGAGAAGCCCAGAUUCCCGACGAUAUAGUCAUUCGGCUGUUGCCCUAACGCAAGGCAAACCCCUUGUGGGCGGAUCAAGCCAGGGAUCGCAUUUGAGAGAUACAAACAGCUUUCUGUCCAUCGCUGGCACAUACGCCCCACCCUCGGUCGAAUGUGCGCUGCCCGCGCUGUCAAUAGCGCAGCUUGCGACCAUUCGAGACCGAUCCCCUUGGCGCGAACGUGAGAAACAGUACUAUGGUGCUCCAAAUCAAACGACAAACCCGCUCGCCAUUUUGGAAAGUAAGUCUGGCGACGCACAGCCCGGGCGGUCUGGCUCAUACCGUAGAGCGGAACCGAAACAGGAGCGAGAUUUGAAUUGGAGUCAGGCGGAGCCCUCAGUACGUCUAUCGUCUCUGCAGAGACGUCCCAUGGCAGCACCAGGCGUGAACGACACAAAGGGUGGACCGACGUGAGAUGUGUAUCUCCGGCAAAGGGAGACCUGACUUUGCAGUCUAAGU